UUAUCAGCAAGAUCCGGGGUCGUCACGUCGCGACGGUAGAUGGAAUAAAUUAUAACGAUUGGUUGCACUCCGCUCAGAGCUGCCUUGUUCGUGAUUUCGGAAAGGCCCAUGAUGUCCAUCAACUCUACCACCAUGGAAGACAUCGCAGUAAAGAACGACGCCAGAAGCCCAGCAACAACAUAUUUAAUUGCUCAAGGUGGCCAUUAUUAUCCCCUCUACAACAACAAUGAUACCACGGGCAAUUAUCAGGCACAAGUCCAAGCAAGACCUUGCUGCCACGGAGGCUUAGAGCGAGCGCCACAAUCCGCAAAGUAUGAUGAAAUGGACUUGUACUCCCUCAAACCAAAUGUCAAGGUUGAUUUUGAAGAAACCUUUCAGGAGCCUCUUGGUUCAGAAAGUAUCAGCGUGGUGUUUAACUACAACAAAGCCAUCUUUAAUUGGACUUCGAGGGGAUUUUACAUCUUCCUGUCGGCCCUACUUGGCCCCAUCCUUGGCAUAGCUUGGGGACUUGUCUUCGCUAGCAUGAACUUCUUGCUUGUCUGGGUGGUCAAUCCUACCCUUAAGGUCAUCCUACAGGCUUGUAGGAUCGUGGAGAUGCUCUCAAGGGGCGUGGUCCGAUCUUCUUUGGAUCCCAUCUUCCAGUCCUUCGGUCAGAUGUUCACCUAUCUCAGAGGAAACUUUUCGUUGACUGUCCCGGGCUUGGAUAGAUUGAGGAUGAAGUGUGACCAAAUGAGAGUGGCAACCACGUCGUCCGAUUCUAACGUUUGAAUUGGCGUCAUCUAAAAUACUACUCAAUCUCCCUACAAUAAUUUAUAGAGCAUCUGAAUCAGGGUUUUAGUCCUUCCAUUGAAUCAACAAAUUACAAUAUAGCCCUACAUAACAGAAAUAGAACAUUUGAACAUUUACUUAUAUCCCAAACUCAAAUUUUUGUUUGUAUACUAGUCGUCUAAAGACUACUCAAUUCCCCUACAACUUAGAAAGUCUGAAUGAGUUUUACUCUUUUUAUUUAAUUAACAAAUCAAAAUAUAUUGUGCAGUUAGAAAAUAUUGGAUAUUGAUUAUUAUAUUAUUAUCCGAAACUAUUUUUUUGUUUUUAUGAGUCUUUCGUUUGUGUAAUCUAUGUCAUAAUUCCACCCAGGAGUGCCCCAAAUUAAGGAAAUCUGACCAAAAUUUUCUUUCAUGACAGAAUUAGACAAAAAUCGCGUCGUUUCUCUGUUUCUGUUAACUCCCGUAGGAACUCGGCAGGACAGCGCUCUGCUGGUAAACGCCAAAGAUGGUACGUCUAGGUUAAUCAGUCAUAGUGGCUGACCUUAUAGACGACAGAAAUUACUUUAUCUACUCGAAAUGAACUGUCAUUCAUUUCUUAUAUUCAUGCCAAAGUAUACCUGGGAAUGGGCAUGAUAUCUCUAAAUUAAGUUCAACGGUUUUCUUCAAAUGGGCAGGAUUACUUCUCGGAACAGGGCUUUUGUGGUCAACUUUUUAUCGGGUCAUUUUUCAGCAUAAAUCUUUGAAGGAUCUUCAAAACAACUUCAUUGGUUAGACGAUUUACAGAUUUUUGCAUAAAAAUUACUAUAUUUCUGAUUUUUUUCCUGGGUGUAAGCAAUUUUCUGUGUCCUCAUGUAUGAUCCGAUUCUCUAAUUAUAUCUGUGCUUAGAUAUCAUUAUGAAAGGUCUGUUAUAUGUUUAUACGCAAUUCAACAUCGGAUGUUGAAUUUAAAUCUUAAAAGUUUUUUGUAUUGAUGAAUUUCAAUAAAA